AAGACAUUUUAUUUGUGUAAAAGUUAGUUGAAACAAGCAACUAUUAUACAGAGAUCAAUUUGAGUAUUCGAAUAACGUUUUUGUUAACAAUUCACUGACAUCAAUCGAUACAUAUAUCGACAUCAUGAAAGGACAAAAAAAUAAAACCUUGAUUAAUUCUUGACAUCGAAAUUCUUAUUAAUCACAUUUCAAACAAAGUCUUGAUAAAUUAGAAAAGUCACAAGAUGAGGAGCUAGGUAACUGAGUGAGAAACUGCGUUCACUACGUGGGCACGGCGUGGGUCAUAAGUGUCUAAAAAUCAUAUUUCUAUUGUGAUCGAACCAGUCAUUGCGCUACGUGCAUACGUGCAUCACUUUUGCGAAUAAGUUGGUUUCAAAUUCUUUGUUCUGAUUGUGAAACUGGGGUCAGAAUCUCAGUCACCUCUAGCUUUUAGAGAUACUUCCUGGAAUAGAAAUUGGAAAAUUGAAUGAAUUAGAAAAAUGUUUGGAUGUAUAUAAAUGCGACGUCUUGCUGGAUAGUACGCAAUAUAUAUAGAAGUUAUGAACUAUAACGCGAAAAGGAAUAUUGAAUGAUGAUGCUGAUGCCAAUAUGCAUCUUCUAUGGACUAUUUAUUUUUGGAGUUUUUCAUCUUUGCUCAAGUGACCAGUGCGAAUCACGUUUUAGAGCAGAUAGAACAGGCGUCAUCAAAGGACCCACAAAUAAAAAAGAGUGCCGAGGAUUUUCAAGGUGCAAGUGGACAUUCGAUUAUCCAUCCGGGGCUGGUGCACUGACAUUGAGUUUCACAAGCCUCAAUGAUCCCACGCCACAAGCGCGUCUUGAAGUUGCAAAAGCAAAUGGUCAAACCAUCAAACUAAUCAAGUUCCAAGCACAUGGUAAUACUGUUUGUUUUGCAACUUCGAAAUCCGAACAUUGUUCGCAAGAAAUAAAACGCAACAGAUGCGAGACUUACACAGGCGUCGAAAAAUCUCCUUAUGUGGUGUACAAAUGCGAUCCUUCAGCUUUACAAUUUCAAAUCCUAUAUGAGUUUUGGAAUUGUACUGAAGAAACAACAACGCCAGCACAAACAACUCCUAAAAUGACAGCAGAAACAAGAGGAGAUCCGACAUUCGAUUUUAGCGAAUAUAAAAGAGAAGAAACAACAACGCCAGCACAAACAACUCCUAAAAUGACAGAUACAAUAUCAGAAGUACAAAUGACCUCUUCUAUUGAAGCAGAAACAAGAGGAUAUCCGACAUUCGAUUUUAGCGAAUAUAAAAGAGAAGAUACCUCAAUAGCAGAAGAAACAAGCUACUAUAACACCAGUAUGGUUGCUGAUAUUGAACAGCGAGCAAGGUCAAAUGUCUCACCACUAAACAAGGAAAUAUCAUCUACCGUAGCUGUCAGCCUCGUAGUGCUACUACUGAAUGUUUCGACCUUUUUUUCUUAGUUUUGUACAAAAUGUUGACUUUGUGUAUAACUAUACAAAAACUUCAAAGUUCGACUCCAACAACAGACCCCAUGGGACCUCGGCUACGAUUAAACCAUGGCAAACUUUCUGUCAUACAGAGCAGAAAAGUUAAAUAUUAUGUAAAUAUCGCUACUCAUUUUCCUUAGACAACUUUGGCUUUUUGCUUCAAAAGUCCAUUUAUCUCUGUUUGAUAUACAAUCUCAUACAUGUUACUUAUCAUUUGUUUAUUUUCCAGUUUUGUGACUUCUAAUAUUGGACAAUUUUGUGAAAAUCAGAGAAAUGCAUUUGUUGUCAAGAUAUAAGGUUAUGGGUUGUGUUGAAGUGGGACCGAAAAUUAAUCAAAAUUCGAAUUAAAAUCGCGAAUGACUAAAUAUUAAUCCGUAAUUACUAACCAUGAAUUUCGUAGCAACCAAUUAAAUGUUGACCAUUUCAACCCAAUCUAAAACAAGCAGACUUUGAAAUUAACGAAAUUAAAUUAUAUCACCAUUGAUAUACAAUUGGUGUUGUUAUGACCUGGAUAAAACCUUAUUUAUUCCAAUAAAAAGUUUCAAAAAAUUUCUGAUACUUUAUGAUACUGACUGACUUAUUUAGAUAGGGGAAUUGGACGCAGGCUAACGAUAUUAUGUUUUUAUUUUAAUAUUUCUAUCGUUGAUUUAAAGGAGCUCCCGAAGGGUAUGUACCAAGAUGACACACAACCUGAACAUAAUAUGUGUACCAGGUUAGGGUUCAGGUUGUGCGCCAUCUUAGUACAUAUACUUGGGGGAGCGCUGAUUUAAAAGUAUAUAUACUGCCACCUUUAAAAAGAGAUUGUAAGAAAUGAUUGAAAUUUGUCAUAUUGUUCGAAAUCUACAAUAAAUAUCGAUAGAGGUG